AUGGUGCCAAUGGAAAGGACUGUGAGUGUGGAGAUUAUCUUCUCCCUUUCGGGCUUCACAGACUACCCUGAGCUUCAGAUCCCCCUUUUCCUAAUCUUUCUCUUCAUGUACAUUAUCACUGUAGUGGGAAACCUUGGGAUGAUAGCUCUCAUUAAUAUUGACCCUAAGAUCCGCACUCCAAUGUACUUCUUCCUUAGCCAUCUUUCCUUUGUUGACUUCUGCUACUCAACCAUCAUCACACCCAAGCUGCUUGAAAACUUGGUCCUGGCAGAUAAAACUAUGCUCUACUUCAGCUGCAUGUUGUAGUACUUCCUGUCCUGUGUGGCUGUGGUGGCUGAGUCCUAUUUACUAGCAGUUAUGGCUUAUGAUCGCUUCGUGGCCAUCUGCAAUCCCUUGCUGUAUACUGUGGCCAUGUCCCCAAGGCUGUGCAUCCUGCUUGUUACUGGGUCAUAUGUCUGGAGCAUAUUUGCUACAUUGAUUCUCCUCUGCUAUGCUCUGCAGUUAAAGUUUUCAAGAUUUAAUGUGAUCAACCACUUCUGUGAAUAUACUGCCCUCAUUGCUGUCUCUAGUUCUGAUAUACACAUUCCCAGCCUGCUACUCUUUUGUUUUGCAACCUUCAAUGAAGUGAGUACACUCCUGAUCAUUCUCACUUCUUACGUGUUCAUUUUCAUGACAGUAUUAAAAAUCAAAUCUGCUAGUGGACGUCGCAAAGCUUUCUCUACCUGUGCUUCCCACCUGACUGCUAUCACAAUUUUUCAUGGAACCAUCCUUUCCCUGUACUGUGUACCUAACUCCAAAAACUCUAGGCAAGUCGUCAAAGUGGCCUCUGUCUUUUACACUGUUGUUAAUCCCAUGUUGAACCCACUGAUCUACAGCCUGAGAAACAAGGAUGUGAAGGAUGCUUUCCAGAAAUUAGUGAGCACAAAGGUUCCACUUCAGUGA